AUGAAAGUACACAUACGAAAUUGGCACGGCGUGGCGACGUGGCACUGGAAAGCUGCUCACAGUGAAGGCGGCGACGAACUAUGUGGAAUCUGCCGUGUUCCUUUUGACGGAACAUGCCCUAACUGUAAGUUUCCAGGCGACGACUGUCCUUUGGUGCUAGGCAAAGGAUGUACACAUAACUUCCACCUCCAUUGCAUACACCAGUGGCUAGAGCAAGAUUCGUCUCGAGGUUUGUGCCCGAUGUGUCGACAGACGUUUAUAGCACAGACUGUGGAGGGCGUGGGGACUGAACAGGCGUUGGAGGACCUACGUACGUUGGUGAAUAGGCACCAGGCGCAGAGAGAGCAGGGUAGUACUAGUGGAGAGUAUGAAGCUUUUAGUGAGUUGAGCUAG